GUGGGCUCCCGCAGCCAUUGCAGCUCAGAGAGGUCCCAGCAAGAGUGUCACGGCGCAGGCUCGGUGUAGCGCAGCCGCUCUGAGUUGGCAACCAUGGAGGAUCAUGCAGUUACACAGACGGAUAAUCUGACAACCAUUGAAGCGCACACUGUGGCUCACUCUGUAGCUCAACAAGUACAGCAAGUCCAUGUUGCCACAUACACAGAGCACAGUAUGUUAAGUGCUGAUGAAGAUUCUCCAUCCUCGCCAGAAGACACAUCUUAUGAUGACUCUGACAUCCUCAACUCCACUGCAGCCGACGAGAUAACUGCCCAUCUGGCAGCUGCUGGCCCCGUGGGAAUGGCUGCUGCAGCGGCUGUGGCCACAGGAAAAAAGCGCAAGAGGCCUCACAUCUUCGAGUCUAACCCUUCAAUACGUAAAAGACAGCAAACAAGACUGCUUCGGAAACUAAGGGCAACCUUGGAUGAAUAUACUACCAGAGUAGGACAGCAAGCCAUAGUCUUGUGCAUUUCUCCUUCCAAACCCAAUGCGCUCUUCAAAGUGUUUGGAGCAGCUCCACUGGAGAAUGUUGUACGCAAGUAUAAGAGUAUGAUCCUGGAGGACCUAGAAACUGCACUAGCGGAGCAUGCGCCUGUGCAACAAGACAUCAACUCGGAUCUGCCCCCCUUGACUAUUGAUGGCAUUCCAGUGUCUGUGGAUAAGAUGACACAGGCUCAGUUACGUGCGUUCAUCCCAGAGAUGUUGAAAUACUCCACAGGUCGAGGUAAACCAGGAUGGGGCAAAGAAAGCUGUAAACCUGUCUGGUGGCCUGAUGACAUACCUUGGGCAAAUGUUCGAAGUGAUGUCCGCACCGAAGAACAAAAACAGAGGGUUUCUUGGACGCAAGCUUUAAGAACGAUAGUAAAAAACUGUUACAAGCAGCAUGGAAGGGAAGAUCUGUUAUAUGCAUUUGAGGAUCAGCAGACACAACAUGUGGCAACAGCACAUGGCAUUGCUCACCUUGUGCCAUCUCAGACUGUGGUACAGACUAUCAGCAACCCAGAUGGCACUGUAUCUCUUAUUCAGGUGGGCACAGGUGCCACUGUUGCUACAUUGGCAGAUGCUUCUGAGCUACCAACUACAGUAACUGUUGCACAAGUUAAUUAUUCUACUGUCAGCGAUGGGGAGGUAGAACAGAACUGGGCCACACUUCAAGGUGGGGAGAUGACCAUCCAGACAACGCAAGCAUCUGAAGCCACUCAAGCUGUUGCUUCCUUAGCAGAAGCUGCUGUUGCUGCAUCACAUGACAUGGCGUCGGGUGCUACAGUCACCAUGGCACUAAACAGUGAAGCAGCGGCUCAUGCAGUAGCCACCUUAGCAGAAGCCACACUACAGGGAGGAGGUCAGAUCGUUUUGUCAGGAGAAACUGCUGCAGCUGUUGGAGCUUUAACUGGUGUACAAGAUGCCAAUGGUCUAGUUCAAAUCCCUGUCAGCAUGUAUCAGACGGUGGUGACCAGCCUGACGCAGGGUAAUGGACCCGUCCAAGUUGCCAUGGCUCCUGUAACGGCAAGGAUAUCUGACUCUACAGUCACAGUGGAUGGGCAAGCAGUGGAAGUUGUUACUUUGGAGCAAUGACUGUUACAAAUGGGAAACGUGUGAUGUGAUUUCCUGUCCCGCUCAUCUCCCCAGUGUUUUGAGCAGGAGUGUCUAUAGGCAUCCUCUGUUGCUUGGAGACCUGUGCCGCUGAAGGGAUCCCCUGUGAACAAGACUUAUUGCCAAGCCUUUAUCUCAAAGUAUGUUUUCACCCAUACACUGGUCUUAUUUUCCCUUAAGCGUUUAAUUUAUUUCAAUAAACCAGUGUCGGUUGCAUCAGUCAGCUUUUUAUAACCCCUUCAAGACUCAGCGGGACAUACAACGUACUGUGGAAAACAUAACUGAUAAUGUUUCAUUUGACGAACAUCUUCUUACCAUCAAAGAUGAUACAACAUGAUGGACACCUUUAGGAGCAAAGACUCUUGUGGUUUUAUUCUGCUUUUGAACUAAAAGUUAAUUUUGAGAA